CGAAGCAGUUCCGGUUCGGACUCCAGCGGCUGCGGGAGAGGCAGAGACGAGCCGAAGCGAUGCCUGCGCGCUGCCGCCACCGCCCCCGCCUCCACUCCAGCUCACCGCCCCGGGCUCCGCCUCCGCCGCUCGAGGCGCUUCACUCCCGCGAGGCCCGGAGGGCCCGGGACUCCGACGGCGAUUCGGACGCCGACUCGGAGGUGGGUCAGGGGAGCCCGACUCGCACCGCGGAGACAGUGGAGGAGGAAAUGGCUGUUCCUAAUCACCUUUGCAUUCGUCGCUGGACAACCAAGCAUGUAGCUGUUUGGCUGAAGGAUGAAGGCUUUUUUGAAUAUGUGGACAUUUUAUGUAAUAAGCAUCGACUUGAUGGAAUCACAUUAUUAACAUUGACUGAAUACGAUCUCCGGUCUCCUCCUCUGGAGAUCAAAAUCUUAGGGGACAUUAAAAGGUUAAUGCUUUCAGUCCGAAAAUUGCAGAAAAUACAUAUUGAUGUUUUAGAAGAAAUGGGAUACAACAGUGACAGUCCCAUGGGUUCCAUGACACCUUUCAUUAGUGCUCUUCAGAGCGCAGAGUGGCUCUGUAAUGGGGAGCCUUCACAUGACUGUGAUGGACCCAUCACUGAUUUGAAUUCUGAUCAGUACCAAUACAUGAAUGGUAAAAACAAACAUUCUAUUCGAAGAUUGGACCCAGAGUACUGGAAGACCAUAUUGAGUUGUAUAUAUGUUUUUAUAGUAUUUGGGUUUACAUCUUUCAUUAUGGUUAUAGUCCACGAGCGAGUGCCUGAUAUGCAGACCUACCCACCACUCCCAGAUAUCUUCUUAGACAGUGUUCCUAGAAUCCCAUGGGCCUUUGCCAUGACAGAAGUAUGUGGCAUGAUUUUGUGCUAUAUUUGGCUCCUGGUUCUUCUUCUUCACAAACACAGGUCAAUACUUCUCCGAAGGCUCUGUAGUCUGAUGGGCACGGUAUUCUUGCUUCGCUGCUUUACCAUGUUUGUGACCUCCCUCUCCGUGCCAGGACAGCACCUGCAGUGUACUGGAAAGAUAUAUGGCAGUGUAUGGGAGAAACUACACCGGGCCUUUGCCAUUUGGAGUGGCUUUGGUAUGACCCUAACUGGUGUUCACACCUGUGGAGAUUACAUGUUCAGUGGCCACACAGUCGUCCUAACUAUGCUGAAUUUCUUUGUCACUGAAUAUACACCAAGAAGCUGGAAUUUCUUACAUACUUUAUCCUGGGUUCUCAACCUCUUUGGAAUCUUCUUCAUUUUGGCUGCUCAUGAACAUUAUUCCAUUGAUGUGUUUAUUGCCUUUUAUAUCACGACAAGACUCUUUUUGUACUAUCAUACUCUAGCCAAUACCAGAGCAUAUCAGCAGAGUAGGAGAGCAAGAAUUUGGUUUCCUAUGUUUUCUUUUUUUGAAUGCAAUGUGAAUGGUACAGUACCUAAUGAAUAUUGUUGGCCAUUUUCAAAACCAGCAAUAAUGAAAAGAUUGAUUGGCUAAAGUCUAUCUUUGUAAUGGGUUCAUGGUUAAAUAUGCAGUAGUUGUUGAAAGUGAAUAACGUUUGCUUUCUCCCCCUAAGCUGUUCCCAGAUGCCUUGCAUUUUGGCUUAUAUGUUGACAAAGUGAAGUCCCAUGUUCUGAGCAAGGCUAUGAUUGUAGAAAUCAAGAAAGAGCAAUCAAGAGUCCUUACAUAUCCGUGUGAGUAGGAAGCUUAAGUAGAUGUUUCUGACCCUUCUCUUUCGGCAGACUUAAUGUUGUAAUUGAAGUCAGGCUGUUACCCUCACCUGUUGAGAACUUGCUUAUUGAAUUUAAGUAAUUUGGUGAUUGAAUGUGUUUUUUUAAAUUUUCUAACUUCAUUAGGACUCUAGUCAAGAAAUAAUUUUUUUUAGGUCCUUAUUAUCUUCAAAGGAAAAACCCCUACCAAAUGAGCAGUACUUGUUCUUUGAACUAAUCUCUGUCUUUUUAAAAAAUGCAACUCUAGAAAGUGAUCUGUGUCACUAACAAAUAAUUUCUGCCUUCUGAACCAUCUUUAAGAAAAGCAUACUGAACAUACCGGGAUGCCUGAAACAAGACGAGAAUGGAAGGGGCCAUACAUGAGGUGACAAAAGUACAAAUAGAGUACUGGCAUUUUUCACCAAAGAUGCAACAAAAGAUGCAGUUCCUCUUUUUUUCUGAGGGUUCAGUAUGACUGUCAUUAAGUGUUUAUGAGGGAAAAAUGGCUGCAUCCAUAAAAAUAAAAUCGGCUUAAUUUUAGUGAGAUAGGUACCUGGAACAACUUUGUGCUAUAGUUGUUAUUUAGACAUAUGAGAGCCCAAUUUUAUGCCUUUAAAUGAUGUUACUUAAUGAGCAAAAUAGUGGAGUGUGUUACCAAAUGUUAGAUAAAGUUCUUAUGUCCAUAAGUAGGGAGGUAUGCAUGCAAAGAAUAUUUUUUCUGUUUUUGAGAAGAAAUUUAUAAUGGUUGCAGGCAUAAUACAACUUUUUGGUUUUUGAAGUUUGUCAUUCUUGGCCAUCAGAAGUAAACAGUCUCAGAUAUAUUCGGAUGUGGAAAAAAGGUUUUGUUGUUUUUCUUUUUUAAGUACAAUUGUGUACAUACAUUCUUUCUACUUAGUCUUAAUUUGGCCGUCAGGAAGUGAUAUAGUUAGUUGCCGUUUACAACACUAGAAAUUUAGUACCUUAAGUAAUUUGACCUUUGCGGUAACAUUUGUCACUUUACUUUUAAUGAUUCUGGUUAGUAGUUAUGACAGUAGAAUGGUUAUGGAAUUGGCUUUUGAGCCCCAACUGAUUGAGCUUAGCUACUUGGAAUAUUAAUUGCGUAAUUUUUACAUUCCAUUUUAAAGCAAGGAGUUAGAAAAAGUGCUGGCAUAUUGAGGUCUAAAAUUAAGCCACUUAGCAGAGACCCACUCCUACUAAUGUGGGUGAAAUAUUUUAUUUUUGCACUUUAAGUCAUAUUCCCACCCCUGUAUAAGCUACAGAGGAGCCUGAAUGGAUUGGGCAGGAGAAGAAUAUUAUGCAAACAAAUUCCAGCCAGUGCUGAAUGACCUCAAUUUGAGUCUGCUCUGAAUAUUUUUUUUUUUUUUACCUGAGAAAUGGCACAAGGCAAUUCAAGUUUUAUUAUGCUUGUAAAUCUCAAACUUCAGAAUCUUAUAAUAUCUUAAAUUAUUGAUUCUAAUACAUGCCUGGGACAAAAAUGUCAAGAUUUCAUCUAAGGAAACUGCAUGAUCAUGAAGGGUGAGGGAUGUUUCCUAUACUACUUAAAGUACUUUGACCCUUGAGGUCAAAGCCGUGUAACUGCCAUUCUUUCCAAGUGACAGAGCAAGACCAUAUUUAGCUAGGGAGGUUUGAGUAUUGGCUUUUGGAAAAAUGUUCGAAAAAAAUCUGUGGCAACAUUAAGUCAGGAAUGUUAGAUAGCUGCUUAAUGGUAAACUUCCUAACAUCAGUCUUCUUUCCUUCAUAUGGAUUCUAUUCUAGAACAAAAUAGAAAAAAAAUUGCAAGUAACUUUUCAGAGCUGUUGACAUCGAGAGUGCCUAACAGCAGACUGCAAUGAGGAUUGUAAAAUAAGUUUUCAGCCUCGCAUUUAUCAUAUCUGAUUUGAGGAAAAGGUAAGCUAGAUUUAUAAUUUAUUGUUAUAACUAAUACAAGGCAGUGUUUACAUAAAUUCAUCAUCUCCAAGUCUCUUGGAAAGUGUUGAUACAAAAUUCUUUUCCAUUUCUUUUUUUGAUAUGAAACCUGUAUUUUAGUUGUUUUUUUUUGUUUUGUUUUGUUUUGUCCAGAAAUUUCCAGAUUUUGUCUUUAUAUUUUUUUUUCUUGUUAAAAUGUAAACCAUUGGAAGGGUGGUAUUUAUAUUCACAUUUUGGGGGUGAAUGGGCCUAGGUGGAGAAGCUACAUACGUAUUUUUUUAUCCUUUCUACAGUUGAAGACUUAGGAGAGGCUUAUAUUCUUAAAUACUGAGACCUUAGUAUAGAAGGAACCAAGAAGGUUUUUGGUUUGGGGAUACAAACUGGAAGUUACAUUGAAAGUCCUUGAUGACUUUCUCUAUAAUUCUGGUGGCAGUGUAGCCUUUUUUUUUUCUUUGCUUUUUCUUUCCUUUUUUUUUUUUUUUUUAAUGUCUAUGCAGGGCAUUGUUACUGAAGGGUAUUGAAGUUCAUAGGGAGUAAGGAGGUUUUGAAGACAGCAAGUAAGCUAUUAUCACUGAAUAAUUUGGGAGAAACUUUUUGGCUAUGCUGCAGAAUUUUCAAAUGGCUAUCCUCUCCAUCGUUCUCAGUGGCCAGAAUUGCUAGAGUAAAAAUACAACUUCCACAUGCUGGGUCUGUUUUUCAGUUGUUACUGUUUUUUUUAAUCAGAAAGCAGUGAGAGUAGCCUUAGAACCAGUCAGCUAAAGAAAUGUGGGCUGUUCACGAGAAAGAAUCCAUUGACUGAAGACCUACUGGUUUUAUAACUCUGACACCGCAAGUGGUGUUCUUUCUUGCCCUGUACUUGCUGAAGUAUUGUUAUUUAGAAUUCCAAAAAUCUUAUAAUUUACAAACAGAGAACAGAGAAGCCAAACCCUUUUAUAGUUCCUAUGAAACAGUCUGUUUUAGAGACAUCUGUUUGGAAAGUGUUAUUUAUAUAUUCAAAGUCAUAUUCGUAACACUAACUUGCUUGGAGUGUAUUCCGCAAAAGGCAUUUUCAUCAUGAGUUUUAUAGUAAACAUUUUUUAAACAUUCUUGGUCCAAAAUGCUUGAGAACGUUAACCAUAUUCUUGUUUUAAACUCUGUGAUCUAAUAAAUUUAAUUCUUUGAUAGUCUUUUUGUAGACUUAAGUUAUCCCUUACUAAGAGUAACUAGCAGUAAUAGUCAUGUGUCAGUUCUUUAAGGUAUUCAGGCAUUUGAGACAAGAAAGUUCUCUUUUAGAAUAGUCCAAUAGCUUUCUUAAACAGUGUUGGUUUCUUUUAGAUAGUUUCAAAGCCAACAAAGCAUGUCAGUUUCAAUACCGUCUUCACUUGGCAGUUAAGAUGGUUUGCAUUUGUAGAAAGUGCAGCCUGAAUUAGCCCUACACCUCUGUAGAGACUUGUUAGUAACAUCAGAAGUCGGGCGGCUUCAGGUGAUCAGUGAGAAAGGAAAGAGGUUGAGGGUUUUUCCCUCUUUGUGUUUGAGUGACUCUGAAUGACUGAAAUUACUGUGAAAGUAGGUUUUGGUCUCCCCUCUCACCUACUGCUCACACCCAGUGAAUGCCACCAAUUUCAGGUAACUAAAAUGUGGCCUAUUACUUUACAUCAAGUUCAAUAAAAGUAUCUAUGAAAUCUGUAAACCAUAAUUCAGCGACCAGUAAGGUUGGUUUUAGAAUAUGUUCUACUCUAAAUUAGCCAAGAGACUUUUUAUUCAGUGUAUUCCAUAUUUAAGCAUAAGGAAGAUUUGUGCCUGAUAGGAAGGGAGAGGGAAUACUAUGAUAAUCUCAUUAUUUCAGGUCUGUUUCAAUAUGAACUACUGAGUUGUCUGAAUGGUAGCCAGGCCAUGUUAUUAAUGUCAUCUUAAAAAUGCUUAAUUUUAAUAAUUUUUUAUUCAGAGAAUCUAUGGAUUAUUAGGACAAUUGAAGUAUUUCUGAUAUGGAACAAAGGAAGUGGAAACUGGUACUUAGUCGGGGAAGCAAAAUUAGCUUGGACUAAAGUGGGCAUGUUUUGUUUUAAGAACUCUACCUAAAUGUAACUCUGUCCACAGAGAAACUAGUAUUACUUGAAGAUGUGAAUGUUCCUGUGGUAGCCAUACCUUGAAGCACAGUGUUGUAUAUAAGUAAAUAUCUUGAUUCUAAAUUAAAUCCAGAUUUAACUAAUAAAUUAUUUUAUAUCUUUGUUGUAUUAAAAUGUUUAAAAACACUAAAAAUAAAACAUUUGAAAGUUGAA